GUGUAUUAAAUGGUGCAGCUCAGCACCCUCACCCACCCUCUCUCUCUCCCUCUCUCUACAAUUUCCCCUUCAUUCAAAUGGCCAUCGCUUCCUCCUCCACCCUCCGCCUCUCCCAAUGUCCACCGCCCCUCCGCCGCCCCUAGCCGCCGCCAACGCCAAGCUCUCCUUCUCUCAGAACCUCACAUCCAUCGGCAUCGGCUACGCGAUCGCCCUCGCCCUAGGCUUCCUUGUCCUCUUCUCCACCUUCCUCCUCGCCUCCUACAUCUGCUACCGCUCCGCCGCCGCCCGCCGCCGCAGCCGCUCCGCUGAUAACAGCGUCUACCUGCCUAGGAUCAUCUUCGUCGGCGAGGAAGACGAGAACGAGGGCCAGAACGCCGUCGUCGGCCUCGAUCAGGCCGUCAUUAACUCGUAUCCGAGAUUCGUCUUCACGAGGAAGAGCGGCGCGGCGGCGGACGACGGCGUGUGCUCGAUUUGCUUGUCGGAGUACAGGGAAUCGGAGAUGCUGCGGAUGCUGCCGGAUUGCAGGCACUGCUUCCACGUGAUGUGCGUGGAUGCGUGGCUGAAGCUCAACGCGUCGUGCCCGGUGUGCCGGAGUUCGCCGCUCCCGACGCCGCUCUCGACGCCGCUGCAGGAGGUGGUGCCGCUCUCGCUCUACUCCGACGGGCGGAGGGGUUGAUUUGGGUAUUUUGGCGUUAAUCGGUCGGUUUCUAAUCUCAUAUAUUUGGGGGUUACUUUUUUGUAAUUUUUAUUGUUAGUCGUGAAUUAAUGGAUUGUAAUUUUAUUUGUGUUCUCCAAUUACAAAAUACAGUAUGAAAAUAUACUCCUUGUUAUAUUA